UAUGAAUGCACGAUGAAGUGAAGUGGACACUCAUCUGCUGUUCAGUGUGGUUUCUUUGCCUUCUGAUUACGUCAUCAUUCACUAUGAUUCACGGAAAUUGACGUGUGUUUAUGUAUGACAUCAAUAGGUUAUCACUGCUGAUCUGAAACGUGGUUUUCCUUCUUGUUAAAUGUUGAAAUGCGUUAAUGGUACCAUCCAUAAACAGAUUCGAUUCAAGUGUUAAAGCACACUUUUUGUUUUGAAGCUGAGUUCUUUCUUACAAUUAAUCUCAAUUCGAACUGUUGCUUUGAAUAAGUCUUGGGUUGCAGACUGACUUUUAACUUAUUAACUAGUUAGUGCUGGUUGGUUGUGUUACUUGUGUGUGCAGUAGUGAUGUCUAAUAGAGGGGGUGGAAUGAUGAUGAGCAAGGCCCACCCGGCCUCCAUGAUCAAAGGACAGGUUUUGCUGAGUGGGAACAGUCACAGACAACUAGCCCAGAGAGUCGGACAACGACUCGGAAUUCCCAUUGGUGCUUGCAAACUGUAUCAGGAGAACUGCGGAGAGACGAAAAUCCAGAUAGAUGAGUCAGUGCGUGGAAAGGACGUGUUCAUUCUGCAGACGGGGAACAGGGAUCCCAACAACAUGAUGAUGGAACUGUUCAUCCUCGCCCACUCCUGCAAGACCUCCAGUGCCCAGAGGAUAGUGGGUGUGGUACCCUACUUGCCCUACAGCAAACAGUGCAGAAUGCGGAAGAGGGGAUCGAUCCCCUGCAAACUGUUCGCAGACAUGAUGGUCAAGGCAGGCAUCCAGCACUUGAUCACGAUGGAUCUGCACAUGAAGGAGAUCCAGGGAUUCUUCUCCUGUCCAGUGGACAACCUCCGGGCCAGCUCCUUCCUCAUCCAGUACCUCAGGGACCAGCAGACUCCCUUCCACACUGUAGUUGUAGUAGCCAGACAUCCAGGACAGGCCAGAAGAGCCACAGCUUAUGCAGAGCGACUUCGCACGACUCUCUCAGUCAUCCACGGAGGGGAGGGGGUGGUGCUAGACACAGAAGCCACCGACGGCAGAAGUUCCCCUCCCCUACACUCGACCAACCCCAGUGUCACUUCCCUCUCCCAGUUGAACACACCAUCAGUAGGACACACCCCUGAGAAGCCCCCCUCAACCUCCACGACUCAUCAUGCUCAACAGCAGCACCAGUAUUACAUGGCUUCAGCUGGCACUGAUUACGAUGCUCCUACUGAUUUUGCAUUUCCCAAGUUUUCUCCGAAAGCAACGCAGAUGACACCCGGGAAACCUGCGGCCAAAUUAAACGCCGCCCCUCCCAAUGAAUUAUUGCACGUCGAUUAUGACGAGGACGACGGUUUAGUCAUGAAAAAACCGUCGCCCAUUAAGGCAGACUUGCUCCGCUCUCUGUCGCUUAGCUCGGCGAAUUCUCGCGUCCGCUCUUUCUCGGAAGGGCAAACCGAGAACCCCCAUCUGAACGGCAACUCUUCCUCACAGCCUCACAGAGAUAAUGAUGGGUUGGGAGAAGCGGAUGAUUUAGUUUCAGAGGGACUCUCCUUUUUCGCCAAGGGCAACUCGGGGAAGUUUCGGCUGCGAAAACAGUCGGACUCCCGCAUUGCUUACUACAGAUCUGAGUACAUGCCGUCUCUGGCAGCGAAGAAGAAGCCGCCCAUUAAUGUAGUGGGAGAUGUUGAGGGUAAAAUUGCCCUUAUUGUGGAAGACAUCAUUGAUGACGUGGAAGGUUUCUGUGCAGCUGCCAAAUUCCUCAAAGACAGAGGCGCCAAACAGGUCAAGGUCAUGUGCACCCACGGACUGCUAUGUCGCAACUCGAUCGACACAAUCGAGAAGUCAGCUCUGGACGAAGUCAUCAUCACUAACACAGUUCCCAACGAAGACCUCGUUUCCGCUUCGCCCCCCGAGAGAAACUCCAACCCCCACUCGUACUCUUCCAGUGCCAAAUAUGGAAAGAUUACUGUGGUAGACGUCUCGGUUCUGCUGUCCGAGGGCAUCCGACGAAUCCACAACGGGGAGUCAAUGUCCUAUUUGUUCAGAGAUAUCCCUCUUGACGACUAAGUUGUCAUGAUCGCAGUCGCAGUUGAAUCUGAACAGAAACUAAUGAUCAGUUAUUGAUGAAACUUAUAUCACAGACACACUAAUUGUAACCUGGAGUUCGUAUCGAGAAUCCGAAAACAAACUGGAAAACUGAAGUUAACUUAGAUGAAAUGAAAAAUUAGAAUUUAAUCCAGAAACUAAUCACGGCUUAUCGUUGCGCAAUAUUUUGCAUUAAAAGGUUUCAAAUUUCAAUCCUGCUGUUUGAAACAGAUGUGGUCCGGAUAAAUUAAUGGAAAACAGUAUUCAUUGUAUUUUUUGCAUCAAAUAUGUUGUUAUUCGAAAUAAAAAAUAUCCAAGAUU